UUCAAAAUCCAACCAAACGGAGCGACAGAGGGUACUUUAACUUGGGGGUGGCUUUUGGCUUUGCACUACGAUGUCCGCUGUAGCCCCUCGGCAGUAAGCACACAAAGGUUAUGCUGCCCAAAAGCUCCCCGCUGAGUCAGAGUGAGAAAGAAAAGGGCUAAACCCAGAACCCACCGCUGCAUCUCGCACGCACGCUCACACGCACGCACAACAGCCGCGGGAGCCAUGAGCGACUCCCAGGAUUCCAGUGACCUCAGUGCCGCCGUGGCCUCUGUCGUCCACGCUCCUGAGCCGACAGCUCCGCCCCCCCGCAGCGCCAGGCGCGAUGAGGAAGAGGAGCAGGACCUGAACAAGGCCCUCGGCGUGGAACGCUUUCAGCAGAUCCUGCACCCUGCACCACGGGUCCCGGACGAGCAGCACCGCAUCUACAAUGAGGAGGACAUUAAGUAUCAUCGGCAGUCCUCUCACCACAUCCACCAGCCCCUGUCCAAGCACCUCCCCCCGGACGGGCGCAAGAAGAAGAGCAGCAAGAAGAAGAGGGGUGGGGGCCGGAGGAGGGGCUCCGCAGGCAGCGGCGCCCCCACCAUCGAGGAGGACGAGGAGGACGAGGAAGGGGAGGAAGAAUCCUGCAGCCAGCACGACGGGGAGGGUCAAACAACGCCCACCCCGGACACCGACACUGACACUCACACCGGGGAAGUGCAGUUCUUUGUUUCAGAAGAUGACCACUCCUCCUCCUCAGCCAGUAAGUCCGGUACCCGCACACCCCCCCGCCGGCUGGACAUUGUGCCCGAGUCAGCCCUGGGCAGGAGCACCUCCCUCACAGAAGAUGCCACGCCCACAGACGAGCAGGACUCGGUGCUGUCCCACCACAAAGGCAGCAACGGCGUUUCCAGCCCGGCACAGGUGGCUCCCGCCUCGCCCCGCUCCCCGGACUCCGCCUCCCCGCCCACCCGCGGCUCCGCCUCCUCCUCCACCAAGCCCGGCCCCGCGGGGCGCAGCUACGACCUGCAGGAGCGCCGCCGCACCGGCAACAUGACGGGCGCUGAGCAGGCCAAGUACCAGCGCAUCCCCACCGACGAGAGCGAGGCGCAGACGCUGGCCUCCGCCGACCUGGACGGGAUCAAGAGUCACCGUUUCGAGGAUGUCCCCGGCGUGCGCCGUCACCUGGUCAGGAAGAGCGCCAAGAGCCAGGUGGUGCACAUCAGCAAGGACCACAAGGAGCCUAGCAGCCGCAGCCGGAAACUGGACCGCACGCCGCACGAGGUGUUCGUGGAGCUGAACGAGCUGAUCAUGGAUAAGAACCAGGAGAUGCAGUGGCGGGAGACGGCUCGCUGGAUCAAGUUUGAGGAGGAUGUGGAGGAGGAGACGGACCGCUGGGGCAAGCCACACGUGGCCUCCCUCAGCUUCCGCAGCCUGCUGGAGCUGCGCAAGACCAUCUCCCACGGGGCGGUCCUCCUGGACCUGGAUCAGAAGACCCUGCCAGGGAUCGCCCACCAGGUGGUGGAGCAGAUGAUCAUCUCAGACCAGAUCAAAGCGGAGGACCGGGCCAAUGUCCUGAGGGCCCUGCUACUGAAACACAGUCAUCCGAGCGAUGAGAAGGAGCACAGCAGCUUCCCCAGGAACAUCUCCGCCGCCAGCCUGGGCUCGCUCAUGGUUCACCACCACAGCACCAACCACAUCGCCCAGCCCGAGCCCUCUGUGACGGACCCGCUCAUGGGCAGCGGGGCGCCCGGCUCCGAGACCGACACCCGCAUCGACGUGGAGAAGAACGAGAAGGAGGCUCCCCCUGUGCUAGGCAUGCACAGGUCUAAAUCCAAGCACGAGCUGAAGCUGCUGGAGAAGAUACCCGAAAAUGCAGAGGCCACGGUCGUCCUCGUGGGCAGCGUGGACUUCCUGGAUCAGCCCACCAUGGCAUUUGUGCGGCUGCAGGAGGCGGUGCUGCUGGAGUCGGUUCUGGAGGUGCCGGUGCCGGUCCGCUUCCUCUUCGUCCUGCUGGGGCCCCCCAGCACCAACAUGGACUACCACCAGAUCGGCCGCUCCAUCUCCACCCUGAUGUCCGACAAGCACUUCCACGAGGCGGCCUACCUGGCGGACGACAGGCAGGACCUGCUCAAUGCCAUCAACAGCUUCCUGGACUGCAGCAUCGUGCUGCCGCCGUCCGAGGUGGGCGGGGAGGAGCUGCUGCGCUCCGUGGCGCGCUUCCAGAGGGAGAUGCUCCGCAAGAGGGAGGAGCAGGAGGUCAAACUCCUGGCCAAGGAGCCCAAGAGUCCCGAGGAGAAGGCUCUCCUCACCCCUUUCAAGCCCGGAGACGACCCCCUGAAACGGACGGGCCGUCUCUUCGGGGGGCUCAUCCGGGACGCCCGCCGCCGUUACCCUCAGUACGUCAGCGACUUCAAGGACGCCAUGAACGCCCAGUGCAUGGCCGCCGUGAUCUUCAUCUACUUCGCCGCCCUCUCCCCCGCCAUCACGUUCGGGGGACUGCUGGGUGAGAAGACGGAUGGCCUCAUCGGUGUCUCGGAGCUGAUCGUAGCCACGGCGAUGCAGGGGGUGAUCUUCAGUCUGCUGGGGGCCCAGCCCCUGCUGGUGGUGGGCUUCUCUGGGCCUCUGCUGGUGUUUGAGGAGGCCUUCUUUUCCUUCUGCAAAGCGAACGGGAUGGAGUAUCUGACGGGCCGGGUCUGGAUCGGCUUCUGGCUCAUCCUCAUCGUCGUCAUCAUGGUGGCGUUCGAGGGCAGCUUCCUGGUGCGCUUCGUCUCCCGAUUCACCCAGGAGAUCUUCGCCUUCCUCAUCUCCCUCAUCUUCAUCUAUGAGACCUUCUCCAAGCUGGUCAAGAUCUUCCAGGAUCACCCCCUCCAGCGCUGUUCCCUGGACAACAGCACAGUGGAGAACUCCACAGGAGUUCUGUCACCGGGCAACGGCACAAACGUGGGGCCUGUUAAGGUGCGGGGGGAGCCGAACACCGCCCUGCUCUCCCUGGUCCUCAUGUCCGGAACUUUCUUCAUCGCCUUCUACCUGCGCAAGUUCAAGAACAGCGCCUUCUUCCCUGGCAGGCUCCGCAGGGUGAUUGGAGAUUUUGGGGUCCCCAUUGCCAUUCUCAUCAUGGUCCUGGUGGACUACAGCAUACGGGACACCUUCACACAGAAACUAAGCGUGCCCAGUGGCUUCUCGGUGACCACCCCAGAGAAGCGUGGCUGGGUGAUCAACCCACUGGGGUCAGAUGGCCAGUUCCCUAUUUGGAUGAUGGCGGCCAGCAUCCUCCCUGCCAUACUGGUCUUCAUCCUUAUCUUCAUGGAGACGCAGAUCACCUCGCUGAUAGUCAGUAAGAAGGAGCGGAUGCUGGUGAAGGGCUCUGGCUUCCACCUGGACCUGAUGAUCAUCGUAACCGUGGGUGGGAUCUCGGCCCUCUUCGGCCUUCCCUGGCUGGCUGCUGCCACCGUGCGCUCCGUCACCCAUGCCAAUGCCCUGACCGUCAUGAGCAAGGCCGUCGCCCCCGGAGACAAACCCCGCAUCCAAGAGGUCAAGGAGCAGCGGGUGACUGGGCUGCUGGUGGCCAUCUUUGUGGGCAUGUCCAUCGUGAUCGGGGACCUCCUGCGGCAGAUCCCCAUCGCCGUGCUGUUCGGGAUCUUCCUCUACAUGGGUGUGAUGUCGCUCAACGGGAUCCAGCUGACGGAACGCAUACUGCUGCUGCUCAUGCCGCCCAAGUACCACCCGGACCACACCUACGUGCGCAAGGUGCGCACGUUGCGCAUGCACCUGUUUACGGGGAUCCAGAUGGUGUGCCUGGCGGUGCUGUGGGCGGUCAUGUCCACGGUGGCCUCGCUGGCCUUCCCCUUCGUCCUCAUCCUCACCGUCCCGGUCAAGAUGUUCCUGCUGCCUCGCAUCUUCAGCGCCCGCGAGAUGCAAUGUCUGGAUGCCGAUGAGGCGGAGCCCACGUUUGACGAGAAGGAGGGGCAAGACGAGUACACCGAGAUGCACAUGCCAGUGUGAGCCAAGCCACACCCCUACCCCCCUCCCUGAAUGGCCACGCCAACCUGCCAGUCACUCAGCCAGCCAGUCGGAGAAGGGCAAUAGGGAUCAGACCUCCGGGGAAAGGUCCC